GAACAACAGGUUCGCUGACUCUUUGGGAGCGCGGGCCUCAGGCUUUCUGGCAACGUUUGGUCUAGCCUUUCCGCAUGAAGACGGCGUGGUUUCAGACCUUCAUGCAGCGAGCUACGCCUUACGCCGCAUUUGCUGCGCGCUGUUGGUGGUCUUGCGCGACGCGGAUGGUUGUGGUUGGACAAGAGCCGCGAGAAUCCAACAUGAAAAACACAAAUCGUCGCCCCGUGAAACUGCGGAUAAGGUUACGCCUUGCUGCAAAUGCCCAUUUUGCGGCAGUGACAGACCGGGAAUACUUUUUGGUGGCGGACAUUCGGUGCCCCGCGCUGCGCUGCGUCUGCGUGGUGCCCCUGGCCAUCAUCUUACGGCGUCGGACCCUUAGCGUGGAGAGACCUUGCCGUCCUCCCCCCUGGGUAACGUAUGAUUGCGGUCGCGGCAGGAUGGUGGAUCGGCAUAAACAUAUACGCCUCUGCGUCCCCUUGGUGCCUUUUCUCGUCAUACAAACAUUGUUUCUCUCAUAUAACGGCUUUAUUCGCUUCUUAACUGAUAUCCAUUAUAACCACCGGUCGUGAUCGCAUAUAAUCAUUCACACGCUUCCUUACUUUCUUGAAUCGAGACUACUACCAUCUCCAAUACACACACGCCUUACAACAACCGUUCUUCUUCCGUCAAAAAUGUCAUACCCACCACUCUCGCCUAGCGGCCUGCCCAGCUCCCCACGAGCAAACCGCCAAAUGCAAAUGCUUUCUCCGCUCGACACAUCCUUCUCGGCCAACUCAUCACAAACAAACUCGCCUUACUCCAGCACAUCGGA